AGUGGCCAAUAGUAUAUCGUUUCAAACGUCACAGGUUUUACUGAAACUGAAAGUUCGUCGUCAACCACAAUGGUUGUAGUAUGUUUAGUGGAGUGUCAAUGUUACAGUUAGUCUUGCAUUUGUAUUUUAUACGCUUUCUUCUGUUAUUUAAUUGCUGAAGUGAAAAUGUUUGACGAUGAUUUUAAACCAGAAGUUUUUCAGGAACUAGCAUUAGUUGCUGUUGCUGAUUUGGGAAGGAACAUUCCAUCCCAUGACAUAGAACCCUUAAUUCAGAGAGCUUAUUCAAUGGGAGAUCAUAAAUGGACAAAAGAAAAACUUUUAACUGCAAUUCAUGAACUGGAGCACAUAUUUCGCCAGGCUUUGAAGAGUAACCUUUCUUCAGAUGAAUUUUCCCAACUUUUGAGAAGAGAUAAAAGGUUAUCAGAAGAAAAUACCACAUUUCUGACUGCACUUUGGAGAGAAAAAAAGGAGUCACUGCAAUUAUGUGUGAAGCCUGUAACAGUAGGAAAACUACUGGAUGUUAAGUGGAAAGUGGGGUUUUCUGUCAGCUCAGAUGUCUGUCACAAAGUCAGUUCUCCAUAUGUUGUUUUGAAGUUUCAGACAUGUCAGCCAGGUGGAGUUAACACCACAAGAUGUGUUGAAAUGACUAUAGCUCAGUUUCAAGCUUUCCACAAUCAACUGAAAGAUGCAGCCUUGGCUCUAUCCACUGUGUAACAUAGAACCUGUCACCUUUCUGUACCAGCUAUACAUUAUGUUGUUUUCAUAUUUUCAUACCUUAUUUGUUACUUUUUUUUAUGUUACCCAAAUGUCAAACUUGUCACUUUCAAUGAGAAAAUAAACGUGAUAUCGGGCAGGUGGUAGCACUGCCUAUGUAGAGAUGGC